UUCCACUUUUAACAAUUGAAAAACAAACCUAUAAAAAGAGAAAGGAGGCAUAAAUCUUUUUUCUUCUGCAACGCCGGUGACUUUCUCUAAAUUCUCCGGUGAUUUUCCCCAAAUUCUCCGGGUUAGCUGCCAACUGCAUUGCAGCUUUGCUGUCACUGUAAAUGUUUAUUGGUGACUUGACUUUAAUGCCAAGGUCUUUCAUCAACCCCAUUAGCCAAACUAGUUCAGCCACAGCUGUAGCAAGGCUUCUGUAUUCUGCUUAUGCUAAUCUUCUGGAAAUGGUUGACUGUUUUUACGAUUUACAAAUAAUGGUUGAGUCUCCAAACUUGACGAAGUAUCCUAUUUCUGAUUUUCUGGAAUAAGAGCAUGCAACCCAGUCAGCAUCACAGUAUGCUGACAGUAAGACCCCUUGUCCUGAUUGUUUUUUGAGUUGAUUAUCCAAGGCUUGAAGAUGGAAAACAGUAUAAAGGAUGAACUCUACUCUGACAUUUUCGAUAUGUCAAAUCUUCAAUCAAGUCUUAGGCCGACUACCAAUUCUGGGAACAAUGAUUCACAUGAGAGCGAGUGGUGCGACGAUGUGUGGAGUGAUGAUGGUGAUUUGUGCCAUGAUUCUAGUGGUAAACUGGAUAAAACAUCUGAAAUGGACAGGGAAUGGCAGAGGCGGCAUGACCAAUUCCACACUGUCGGAUACCGUGAUGGUCUUAUAGCAGGGAAAGAAGCUUCAGUUCAAGAGGGAUUUAAUGUUGGUUUUACAGACUCUGUAUAUGUUGGUUACAACUGGGGUCUAGUCAGAGGUAUCACUAGCGCUUUGGCCUCUCUUCCCAACGGCUUAAUAGAAAGAAUGGUUGAUACAAAGGAAAUCCAGAACAAGUUCCAGCACUUACAUGAGUCUGUGCAAUCUCGUUCAACUGUGGAAAUGCUUAAGGUGUUCCAUGAUUAUCUGACAAAGAAAUUGGAAGAGAGUGCUAAAAAUGACAACUCUAGCUCCUGCUUGGCUGAUUCCAGCGACCUCAGUUCCAAUGACAAUCUUCUUGAGAAUUACCAGAAAGAGCUUCAAUUACUUAUUGAUGAAUCAGGGCUCAAAUUGCACGUAGAUACAAAGAAGUAGCUUUUCCUUUUCCUGCUUAGCUCAUUGAAGUCACUUCUAGUUUUCAUCACAAUCCAUGAAAAUUGCAUUCAAAAAGAAAAAAAAUAGUACACUUGAAUGCAUAGUUUGUAGAUAGAAUAUUUCUAUUUUCCAACAUUGUAUGUGUGGUUUUAGUUAAAUGCCUUUUCAGGUGAUAGUUUGGUUGACUUCCACUUUUA